AUGGCCGACAAGCCCAAGCCCGAGCCUGGCUCCAAGCCGGCAUCGCCCCUUAAAAACGCCUACCUCAUCUUCUACAACUCCGCGUCCGCAGUUGCGUGGAGCGUAGUGCUCGGCCGCACCAUCGCGGCGCUGUACCUGCGCGGCCCGGCAGCCGUCUACGCCGCCGUGGGGGAGUGGACGAAAUGGACGCAGACCGUGGCCGUCUUGGAGAUUCUGCACUCCCUGCUAGGCAUCGUCCGAGCCCCCGUGUCCACCACCACCAUGCAAGUCUUGUCGCGCCUCCUGCUCGUCUGGCCCGUCGUCAACACGUGGCCGUUCCUCGCCCUCUCGCCCUUCUAUACCUCCAUGCUGGUCGCCUGGUCCGUCACCGAGGUCGCUCGAUACAGCUACUUUGCGCUGUCGCUCGCCGGCGCCCUGCCCGCAUUGCUGACCUGGGCGCGGUAUAGCAUGUUCUACGUGCUGUACCCCAUGGGCAUCACGAGCGAGUGCAUGCUUGUCUUUGGGGCGACCGUCCCCGCCGCGGAGAGGAGUAGCCUUGCGCCCUGGGCUUUGUAUAUCGUUUUGGCCAUUUACGUUCCAGGAUCUUAUGUUCUGUUCACGCAUAUGAUGAAACAGAGGAGCAAGAUUCUGCGUUCGCCCAAGACUAAGGAUGACAAGGCGCAGUAG